GUCUAUGCGUGUGGUCCGUGUGGAAACAGAGGAAGCUUCUUGGCCUCUGGAGGUGUCCGAAAGCGUAUAAAGUUAGGUUUAACGGCGUUUGUCACUGUUUGAAUUCUUUUGAUCGUUCUCAGCGAAAGCGUAGAGAGAAGAGAGAAGAGAGACAGAGAGAUUCCUGAUUGAGUUCUUUGGCUUCUGGUUCUACAAUGUCUUCUCCAGCAGAAUUCUAUAAUUCACUUCCACCUAUAACCAAAGCUUAUGGGACCCUAUGUAUGUUGGCUACUACGGCAUAUCAAUUAGGAAUUUACAAUCCUGCAAACAUUGCGCUUGUUUACCCUCUAGUAUUCUCGCGUUUUCAGUUGUGGAGGCUGUUUACUAACUUUUUCUUCCUUGGAAACUUCUCCAUCAAUUUUGGAAUUCGCCUCUUAAUGAUAAUAAGGUAUGGGGUGCAGCUUGAGAAUGGACCCUUUGAAAGACGUACAGCAGAUUUUUUGUGGAUGAUGGUCUUUGGAGGCUUGUCAUUGCUGGUGUUGUCAGCCAUUCCCCUGUUAUGGUCUCCUUUCCUGGGGAUAUCGUUGGUGUUCAUGCUUCUCUACGUCUGGAGUAGGGAGUUCCCAAAUGCUCAAAUCAGUAUAUAUGGACUUGUCACGCUUAAGGCAUUUUAUCUCCCUUGGGCAAUGCUUGCUUUGGAUGUUAUUUUUGGGUCUCCUCUCACACCAGAUUUAUUGGGAAUCAUAGCAGGACAUCUAUAUUACUUCUUAACGGUGCUGCAUCCACUUUCUGGUGGAAGGAACAUAUUGAAGACUCCCAUGUGGGUGCAUAAACUUGUUGCUCGUUGGGGGCUAGGAUCACAGCCGAAUACAAAUGCUCAGCGAGAAAGAACAUCUGGUGCAGCUUUCAGCGGGAGAAGUUAUCGGCUGAAUUGAUAGAACCAUUUCCUCCUGCUUUGGCUGAUUUUUACUGAUUUAGCUUAGCUGCAAUCACUUUUUUCCUGACGACGUUGCUGACAAGAGGAACGAAGCCUUCAUUGCAGGGAAGGGGGAGAAGAAACAUGAAAGCUCUUGAAUGGAUGGUAACGAUGCACUCCCUUUUUGCUUUCUGUAUGACAUUAAACAGUCAUUAUUGAUGGAUCCUUAUUUGUUCUUUGUUGGGUAUGUGGGAAAUUAUCAUUCAGAUUCUGGUCAUGCACAAUGUAAAGUCAAUAUACUCUGAUUACAUCUUCCAAAUUGAUCUUCAUGUAACAUUAAUUUCA